AUGGCGCGCGACGACGACGACGACGACGACCUCCUCGAGCGGUUCGACCGCGACGGGUACGUCGUCGUCCCGCGCGUCCUCACGAGCGAGGAGCUCGAGAUCGUCAGGAGGGAGUGCGGCGGCGUGACGCGCGCGUACGCGACGCGCGGUGGGCAUCGCGUCGUCGCGACGGACGACGACGAAGAUCUCGACGACGACGACGACGACGAGACGCGACGGAAGCGCGCGCGACGCGGACGCGGACGCGGACGCGUCGACGACGGCGACGGCGACGGCGACGGCGACGGCGACGGCGACGGCGACGACGCGAGCCACCUCCAGUGGCUGUCCACGUCGCACGGGUGCGUCCUCGAGGUCCCGGGAUGCUGCGACUGCUGCGACGUCCCGGACAAAAUCCGCGGCGGGUAUCGCGUCCGCGGCUGCGUCGCGCGAUGCGAUCCCGCCGUCGACGCGCUCCUCUCGCGCGACGGCGCGCUCGGGUCGCUCGCGGUCGCGCUCCUGCGCGCGCGACCGGGCGACGCCGCCGCGGAUUCGGUGUGCCUGUUCAACGACCAGUACAUCGUCAAGCCGCCGAGUCGCGCGAGCGCGAGCGCGAGCGCGUCGUCGUCGUUCGCGUGGCACGUCGACUCGCAGUGGCUGGGCGACGAGGACGCGGGCGACGACGACGACGGAUCCGGGUACGCGCCGUACGUCUCGCUGUGGACCGCGCUGGACGACGUCGACGACGUGAACGGCGCGGUCAUGGUGUUGCCGUACCCGCCGGCGACGCGCGGGAAAAGCGGCGGGGACGGCGGGGACGGCGGGGACGGCGGGGACGGCGGGGACGGCGGGGACGGCGCGUCGCCGACGAAAACCGAAACCAAAAAAACCAAAACCGCGUCGGCGGCGCGUCAUCACCUCGAGCGUUCGCGAGCGUACGGGGUGACGCCGUCGCGGCUCGACGCGCUGUCGCGCGGGGAGUGCGCUCGCGGUGAUGGUGACGGUUCAGAAGACGAAACGUCGCGAAUCUUCGCGCGCGUCCGCGUGUGCGCGAUGCGCGCGGGGAGCGUCCUCGCGUUGUCGGACCGCGUGUUGCACUGCUCGGGUCCGAACGCGAGCGGGGCGUCGAGGCGCGCGUGGAUGCCGCAGUUUUCGCUGGGGGCGGUGCGUCGAUCGGGGCCGGCGGAGGGCGGCGUCGUCGCGUUGGCGGUGCCGAUAGACGGCAUAGGUAGGAGGAAGGAGUAG